AAAUCAUCAACAUCAAGAUUAACAAAAUUCACAUUCCCAAACAAAGCAAUAAGAGUUUAACAAUCAAAUCAAGUAAAUCUGGUAGACUGGCUAAAAAUGAUGGUUGGCAGCAGGAGGUCUGAGGAAGUGGUAGAUCCAAACAUUGAGGUUAGGCCAUCAACAAGAGCCCUAAAGCGCGCCCUAUUGACUGCACUUAGGUGUGUUGAUCCUGAUUCUGGUAAAAGACCCAAGAUGGGCCAAGUUGUGCGUAUGCUUGAGUCUGAGGAAUAUCCCAUACCAAGAGAGGAUAGAAGGCACCAUAGAAGUCAUGGAGGGAGCUUGGAGAUUGAUUCUCAAAGGGAUAAUUCUGACACUGACCGAAGUGAUUAUCCAGGUUCAAGAUCAGAAAGCAAGCGGACACAAUUAUAAGCAAGGAUUUACUUUGAAGUUGUGAGAGAUUCAUAAGCUGGCACAGGUGUGGGAAGGAAUUCUUAAAAUUUAAUUUUCAAUGGCGUUUAGAUUCUUGGAGUUUGUCUCCAUAUAUAGUAGUGGUUGGUUGUUGUUACGAAGGGGGUGUGAGUUGGGGGAAAGGGUGGAUGAGGUGAGAGGUGACAUGUUUAUUCUUUUCCUUGUUUCUUUUUAAUAUAAUUUGUAGAUGAAGAGACGAUCUGUUUGUGUACAGAAUUGGGUAGCUCUGGAAAGUUGUGCGAAGAAGUGCUUGAUACUUGGUAGGGCAAAUAUGUAUAACAAGGAAAACUGUUGUGCAGUCUUGGAUUACCCAACAAGAAUCAUUUAAUGAGAGCAUGUCUCUUAAUAUUGGUGCUUUUUUUUCGUUUAAUAAUCGUUAUUUUAUAAU